GCCCUCUCGGGGCCGCGCGGGGCCCGGGUGGAGGAGGCGACGGCGGCGGCGCGGCGGGAGGAGGAGGCCGCAGAGGAGGAGGGAGGCGUCCAUGAGGCCGGCCCGUGCCUGGAGGAGGAGGAGGCCAUGAACGGCGACCGGACCGAGAGCGACUGGCAGGGGCUGGUGAGCGAGUACCUGGUGUGUAAAAGAAAGCUGGAGAGUAAGAAGGAAGCCCUGCUGAUCCUUUCCAAGGAGCUGGACACAUGCCAGCAGGAAAGGGACCAGUACAAACUCAUGGCCAAUCAGCUUCGAGAGCGCCACCAGUCCCUAAAGAAGAAGUACCGUGAGCUGAUUGAUGGAGAUCCAUCACUUCCCCCUGAAAAGAGGAAACAGGCUAAUCUUGCACAACUAUUGAGAGAUUCUCAGGACCGAAAUAAACAUCUGGGAGAAGAAAUUAAAGAACUUCAGCAAAGGCUUGGAGAAGUCCAGGGCGACAAUAAGCUCUUGAGAAUGACAAUUGCCAAACAGAGGCUGGGAGACGAAGAAAUCGGUGUGCGGCACUUUGCAGCCCAUGAGCGUGAAGAUUUGGUUCAGCAGCUGGAGAGAGCAAAGGAACAGAUUGAGUCUCUGGAGCAUGACCUGCAGGCCUCUAUGGACGAGCUUCAGGAUGUUAAAGAAGAGCGGUCUUCCUACCAGGACAAAGUCGAGAGGCUCAACCAGGAGCUAAACCACAUCCUGAGCGGCCACGAGAACCGAAUCAUUGACGUGGAUGCCCUGUGUAUGGAGAACAGGUACCUUCAAGAGAGAUUAAAGCAACUUCAUGAAGAGGUCAACCUCUUGAAAUCUAACAUUGCCAAAUACAAGAAUGCUCUUGAGAGACGGAAAAACUCAAAAGGCCAGGGUAAAUCCAGCAGCAGUGCUCUGACUGGAGUCCUGUCUGCAAAGCAAGUUCAGGAUCUGUUAUCUGAGGACCACGGGUGCAGUCUCCCAGCUACUCCACAGUCCAUUUCUGAUCUGAAAUCUCUGGCAACAGCCCUGUUGGAGACAAUCCAUGAGAAAAACAUGGUGAUCCAGCACCAGAGGCAGACCAACAAAAUCCUAGGGAAUCGGGUGGCUGAACUGGAGAAAAAAUUAAGAACUCUGGAAGUUUCUGGUUUGUGGAGUCUUCCAGGAGGCAAAGACACCAUACUGUUUGGUGACCCCGCUCUUCCCACCACGCAGAGGUCGAGAUCCCCACUGCUCAAGUUCGUCGAGCAGCUCGCUGAGAACAAAGCGAGUCCCAAGGAUGGGGAGGCUCAGAAGCAAGAACGAGAUGAAAGUCGUGCCGCUGCCGAGGCGUUGACAGUGCGGGAGGAUGCUGGGAGGCCCGGCGUUAGCUCCCCAGCAAAUCAGAGCCACAGGAGCCAACGCAAGCACUUUCAUCCCUCAUUACCCCAGCUACCUUCUGAGGAAGAAGAAGUAAACAGGCUUGGAAGGGAAAUCGUGAAACCGACAGAGGAGCAGGCAGCUGCCAAACCAGAAGGGGUCACAAGAGAGAGUCCCGUGGAGAGUCGGAGGGACGAGAUGGGGCCAUCCCCGCCGGGCCUGACCGCCAAUGGGUCGUUCCCCAAACCUUGCCCGGACUCUGCUGAGUCCAGCCAGCCUGCAGCAGAAGCUCCCACCCUGGAAGAUGGCAAGGAGGCCCCAGAGAGUGGAGGUAGGAGGAACACCAUGAAAACUUGAAGGGGAAUGAGGUCAGGCAUGAUGACACAUUGAAGGCACCCGGGAUGGUAAAGAAUUAAGCAUCAGGACAGCUCACCGAAGUCACUUUCUCCUAAAACACCUCCAAGUCUGCAAGCGAAAAAGGACACACAGCUCCUGUUGCAAACUGUGAAUAUUCUGAUGAUGCCAGCACAGUUCGAUUUAUUAAAUGCGGGUCCUCAAGCUUCUCAGUGUCAUCUCUUUCUGCGGAAGCUGCACGCUGUGAACAUGGCCAGGCACGGAAUCGUGUCAGCCAUAUGGCUGCUUUUCGACAUCCAUCUUUCUGUCAGCACUUGUUUUAUUAGAGAUAAGAUGUUUUUCUAUUAGCGUUUAAAGUUGUUGAUCAAAAUUAUGGGAAGGGCUUGAAACGGAUGGGGUUUUUAAUCAGAUCCCCGUCUUUGUAAUGAUUAGGAGGCUGUAGAGUAAGGUGUAAUUAAGCACAAUGGGUCCAGAGGGACCCCCCCCCCCGCCCCCGGCUCCUCUCCAUCACGUCAGGGCCCGGUAGGACCUCCCAGCGUGGGUGUUCUUGGCAUCCUGCCUGCAGCGCUGUCUGUAGUGGCAUUGACUGGCAGGCGGAAAGGGGCUUAAGUGGGCUCAGAAGGUUAGGCUUCCGGUCUGAAAUCCACAGCCCCUGUUGAGACCUGUCUGCUGACUACUAGAGCUGAAUUUUCCAGCCUGUAAUUCUAGAGGAUUAAUCGACCUGGAGUGACUGGUGGGGUGGGGUGGGGGGCUGUGGAUACGCAGGGAGGAUGGGGACUCCAGUGGUGUUUUGAUGUUUUGUUUCUGAGAUGAGAUGAGAGCCAGAACCUGGGAAUGCUGGUUCUCUCCCUUCAUCCCGGGCUACAUAUAGGGUUUUAUGGUUUUAUGGUCCUGUAGGGUUGGGGCAAGAUAUAGCUGCUUAGGGGCCAACCCAGAAUCCCCACCACCUGAAACCUGUAGCAUCACUCCUCCAACAGAAUGCCGCGGCUGCUUCCCCCUGUGCUGCCGGCUACUGGGGUUUUAAAGACAGAGCUCGUGGCCCUAGAGUGGAAAGAAAGGGAAAAACAAAGUAACGUCAUUACAGCCUUUGUAAUGAUGGGGAGGGGAGGGGACUAGGGAACCAAGUUCAAGCUCUAAGAGUGGGAAAGCAGAGAGUGGUCACCCCCACCUGCUUCUUUCCUUAGGGAUAAAAUUAACUUUUCUAGGCGGCAUCUGGCGCUGCAGCACGUUGAAGCCUCAUCAAAUGACAGACCUUUCUUUGUGCUGAACGCAGUUCAUUUGUCCAGGAAGACCUAAAACUAGAUCCCAAAGCUCAAAACGUCCCUGAGAACCAGAAGGACUCCUUUGAGAGACUCUCCUGCAGGGAAAAGAGAAGUUCCCAAGGUGGGAGAGGUAGAAAAUUCAUCAAUUCAUCCUAGAAAUCAGAGGUUUAGACCAGGCUUGGGAUCCCAGGUGUGAAUCCUGCAGGCACGUGGGUGGCCAGCCGCCUCCCCCCACCCCCCGCCCCCAAAACUUCCCUGCCACAUUUAUCUCCUGACAUCACUCUGCCAGCUGGGUGGGAUCCAUCAGACUUUGCACUGUCUUGCUCUGAAGGAGGGCAAGAUGCAGACCAGAGGGUCCCAUCCUCUGCCAAAUGCACCCUGGGUGGACCUCCAGCUGCUUUCUACCCACUCACCUGAGUUCACCCUCAUCACCUAGCGGGAUGCAGGCACGCCUGAGUCAGAGCACUGUGGCUUCCGGUGAGCAGGACAUGACAUCUACCCCUGCCCGUCAGGCCCCAAUGCCCCAUUCAUCCCUCUAUGCUCCAGCCUCUCCCCCUUCCCAGACUCAUCCCCUCACCUUCCCCUCCAGGGAGGUCACUUCUGCAGCUGCAAAGCUUGCCCAGGCCAGCAGCCACAGAAAUCAUUUUCCUGUUGCACCAGGCCUAAACUCUCUGCAAAUGUUUAACACUACUGCAUGGGACGCCAAAGCCACCAAAGGAAAACACAGCCAGAUUUAAUACAAUGAUAAUAAAAAGAAAAAUCUCUCCCCACGGAAGCCUUGGUUUUGACACACAAUUGGCCAGGUGCAUGUCUUUAGGGCCCAUUCAUAACCUUCUGGAAAGCAGGGCUUAUAAUAAACUCCUACACAUUCCAUCAUGGGCAAGAAAACUGCCAUGAGUCCCAGAGUAUGGGGUUCAGGGCAGAGGGUCAUAGGGAGCGAUAACCUAAGCUCUGUGUAUCCAAUCAGCCUGGGGGGGGGGGGUGGGUCUUGUGUUAGAUGGAAUUGGAGCCAAUGAGGUGAUCCUGUCAUAUUUGUAAUCUUGACAUUGCCCUGUACAUACAUGUGACACUGUCCCACCUCUGCUAUCCCAACUCAACAUGGUUCUUCUGUUCCACAGACAUUAAAAAGAGUUUCAGCAAUUA